AUGCCUCACCGACCGUUAACAGGGAAUUGGUUUGAGGAGGAGGCGUAUGAGCGGGAUCGGGCGCGGCUCAUCCAGGGCCGUCAUGGCAACCUCAUCGACGCGCGCAGCGAGGUCGCCCGGAUUGCCGCGAAGAUGGCGCAUCACAACACGCCCACGGAGAUCGCCAAGAUCGCCGCGGAUGGGUUUUUGCGUUUUUAUCGCCCGUUGAUGUUGCAAAACGCGUGCACGUUGGGAUACCUUAGCAUCGACCUUGACGACCGCGCGGAGACGACGACGGGGUGGCGAGUGAGCUGCUCCACCGCCCCCGCAAGCGAGGCGACGCGGCGAAGUGCGUUUGUGUUGAUCCCCGCCGCGACCCCCCUCGUCGGGAGCUUUCCCAUCCCCCCUGGGGAGGAGGAGGUCGUGCAUUACGGGCAGCCUUUUUACCUCACCACCGUUCCCACGCUCUGCGAGGAGCCACUUUCGCUCGCGUCGGAGUUCGCGACAAACGGAUCCGCCUCGAAGGUGUCGGGGAAGCAUCAGGCGGUGUACUUCUCUCCCGAUGGUGGGAGCGCGGGCUGCAUGUGGUACGCCGUGCACGCGGAUCCCGAUUACGUCGAGGAUGCACGGGAUCUCCCCGUGCGUGCCGGGGAUGUCAUCAUGAUCCAACACAACAUGACGAACGCCCCGCUCGCGAGCACGAAGGCGGUCUUUUAUAAUGAUUUCGGCACCCAAAAUGAGGUCUGCGCGGGGCGUAUCUUGCGGUACGCCUCGAAGCGAGGCGCCGGGCCGAUAGAGGAUGAAAAUUUCUGGAUGUUCAUCCACCGCGGGCAGGGGGCGCCAGAUGGGGAGGCGAUACCGGCACCCACCCACGUGGAAAAUGAGAAUACCACCCCCUCAUCAGUCAUCAAUAAUGCUAAUAUCACCGCCACUACCACGACUACUAGAUCUCAAGGGAAGGCAGACCGUAAAAUUACGUGGGAAGGAUUGGAAAGCGAGAUGAAGUAA